AUGCGCAAGUGCCACCUGAACACGUGCCCCGUUGGCGUCGCCACGCAGGACCCUGAGCUGCGUAAGAAGUUCCAGGGCCAGCCUGAGCACGUGGUGAACUUCAUGUUCAUGCUGGCUGAGGAGGUGCAGGACUACAUGCGUCGCCUGGGUUUCCGCAAGCUGGACGACUUGAUUGGCCGUGCCGACCUGCUCAAGGUGAACCAGGACGCGCUGCACUACAAGAGCCGCAAGCUGGACCUGUCCCCGCUCCUGAUCAACGCCAGCACGCUGAACGAGGGCGCUGGUGUGAAGAAGGAGAUGGAGCAGGAGCACGAGGUUGAGAAGUGCAUCGACAUGCGUCUGAUCGCCAAGGCGAAGGAUGCGCUCGAGAGCAAGACCCCGGUGGUGAUCGAUGACGUUGCAACCAACCUGGACCGUACGCUCGGCGCCACGCUGUCGCACGAGAUCUGCAAGCGCUACGGCGAGCAGGGUCUCCCCGACGGCACGGUCCACCUGAAGCUCAAGGGCCACGGCGGCCAGAGUCUGGCCUUCGGUCUGGCCAAGGGUGUUCGUCUCGACCUGGAGGGCGACUCGAACGACUACGUGGGCACCGGAGGAGGCGGUGCGUACUUCUCGGGCAAGGCCGGCGAGCGCUUCUGCGUGCGUAACUCUGGUGUGAAGACCGUGGUGGAGGGCGUGGGUGACCACGGCUGCGGGUACAUGACGGGCGGCCGCGUGGUCGUCCUGGGCCCCACCGGACGCAACUUCGCGGCCGGUAUGUCUGGCGGUAUCGCGUACACCUUCGACGAGGACAGCAGCUUCCAGAAGAAGUGCAACAUGGGCAUGGUGGGCGUGGCCCCGCUGACUGAGACGGCGUCGGCUGCCGAGAUCCAUGAGGUCAAGGCGCUGAUCACCAAGCACCUCGAGCGCACGCACUGGGACGCUUCGGUGACCAAGUUCAUGCGCGUUAUGCCGUACGACUACGAGCGGGUGCUGCUCGAGCGCGCGGCUGUCGUGAAGGAGACCAAGAAGUCGGCUUCCGCCUCCGCCAAAACUACAACGAUCACUUGGGUGGUACUCAAAGGGUUAAGAUAUGUACGAAGGGGAGAUAGUAAAGAGCAUGAAAUGUAUAACCAAGGUAAUCACAGAACGGCUAUGACUCAUAGCCUAUGA